AUGUCUAAAGUACCGUAUAGAGAAGCAAUAGGAUCACUAAUGCAUUUAGCAUUGUUUACAAGAUUGGAUAUAUUAUUUGCUGUAACGAAAUUAUCCCAAUACAAUGAAAACCCUGGUAGGGAACACUGGCUUCAAGUCAAACAUAUUUUAAGAUAUUUAAGUAAAACGCGCAGUUAUGGGUUAACAUAUAAAAGAAAUAACAAUAAUGAUAUCAACGUUUACUGCGAUGCAGAUUGGGGCAACGAUAUAGAUGAUAGGCACUCGUUCUCAGGUUUGAUUGUAAAAAUUGCAGGAUUUAAAAUGUUUUGCGAUAACAGGGCAGCAAUUGAUUUUUCGAGAAGCAAUAUAGACAGAAACAAGUCAAAACAUAUCGAUAUAUCCUAUCAUAUUGUGAGGGAAAAGUUGGAGCAAGGACUUAUGAGUUUGCAGUAUAUUCCGACCGACGAAAAUCCAGCGGAUAUGCUAACAAAAGGGCUGAAAGCAACUAAGCAUCAUGAAUACGUAAAAAUGUUGAAUUUAAGGUCUAUGAAUUUGGAGUCAAAUUAA